CCUCCUGCCAACGGCUCUGCCAGCUCCUCGUCAUUCUGCACUCAGAGUUGCUCCCUGACCAGCGCUGGGGCCCCUGCACGACAGUCCUGCUGCCAGACUCCACGGGUCCCCUCCCCGGGCUGAUGAUUAACCUGGAGGCCGUAUAAGGAACCAACAGCCCGGGCAGGAGGGACGCGUUGCACCUGCCACUAUGGACAGCAGCACCUGGAGCCCCCCGGCCACGGCCACCGCCGAGCCCCUCCAUGCCUACGAGCGCAUCCGCAAUGCAGCUGACAUCUCUGUCAUCGUCAUCUACUUCGUGGUGGUGAUGGCUGUCGGGCUGUGGGCCAUGUUUUCCACUAACCGUGGGACUGUUGGAGGCUUCUUCCUGGCAGGUCGAAGUAUGGUGUGGUGGCCGAUUGGAGCCUCUCUGUUUGCCAGUAACAUUGGAAGCGGCCACUUUGUGGGACUGGCAGGGACCGGAGCAGCUGCAGGAAUUGCCACUGGGGGCUUUGAAUGGAAUGCCCUGAUUUUGGUGGUUUUGCUGGGCUGGGUGUUUGUCCCCAUUUACAUUAAGGCUGGGGUGGUGACGAUGCCGGAGUACCUGCGGAAGCGAUUUGGAGGCCAGCGGAUCCAGGUCUACCUGUCUGUCCUGUCCCUUGUGCUGUACAUUUUCACCAAGAUCUCGGCAGACAUCUUUUCUGGGGCCAUAUUCAUCAACUUGGCCUUGGGCCUGGAUCUCUAUCUGGCCAUCUUUAUCUUAUUGGCAAUCACCGCCCUUUACACAAUCACAGGGGGCCUGGCGGCUGUGAUUUACACAGACACCUUGCAGACGGUGAUUAUGCUCCUGGGGUCCUUCAUCCUGACUGGGUUUGCUUUCCAUGAAGUGGGAGGGUACAGUGCCUUCGUGACAAAAUACAUGAAUGCCAUUCCAACUGUGACCUCUUAUGGAAACACCACCGUCAAGAAAGAGUGCUACACCCCGAGGGCUGACUCCUUCCACAUCUUCCGCGAUCCUCUCAAGGGAGACCUGCCCUGGCCUGGGCUCAUCUUUGGGCUGACCAUCAUCUCCCUGUGGUACUGGUGCACAGACCAGGUCAUUGUGCAGCGCUGCCUCUCCGCCAAAAACAUGUCACAUGUAAAGGCUGGCUGCAUCAUGUGUGGGUACAUGAAGCUGCUGCCCAUGUUCCUCAUGGUGAUGCCAGGGAUGAUCAGCCGCAUCCUGUUCACAGAGAAAGUUGCCUGCACCGUCCCCUCAGAGUGUGAGAAAUAUUGCGGCACCAAGGUUGGCUGUACCAACAUCGCCUACCCGACCUUGGUGGUGGAGCUCAUGCCCAAUGGACUGCGAGGCCUGAUGCUGUCGGUCAUGCUGGCCUCUCUCAUGAGCUCCCUGACCUCCAUCUUCAACAGUGCCAGCACCCUCUUCACCAUGGACAUCUACACCAAGAUCCGGAAGAAAGCAUCUGAGAAAGAGCUCAUGAUCGCAGGACGGUUGUUCAUGCUGGUGCUGAUCGGCGUCAGCAUCGCCUGGGUGCCCAUCGUGCAGUCAGCACAAAGUGGACAGCUCUUCGACUACAUCCAGUCCAUCACCAGUUACUUGGGACCACCCAUCGCAGCAGUCUUCCUGCUUGCUAUCUUCUGCAAGAGAGUCAAUGAGCCGCUCUACCGCCUGUGCUGGAGCCUGCGUAACAGCAAAGAGGAGCGUAUUGACCUGGAUGCAGAAGACGAGGACAUUCAAGACGCCCGGGAGGAUGCCUUAGAAAUAGACACAGAAGCUUCUGAGGAGAAAAAAGGAUGCCUCAGGCAGGCCUAUGACAUGUUCUGCGGCCUGGACCAGCAGAAAGGCCCCAAAAUGACGAAGGAAGAGGAGGCAGCCAUGAAGCUGAAGAUGACAGACACCUCGGAGAAGCGUUUGUGGCGGAUGGUAGUGAACAUCAACGGCAUCAUUCUGCUGGCCGUGGCUGUCUUCUGCCAUGCCUACUUUGCCUGAGUCCUGCUUUCUGCUGCAGGCUGUGCUUGUGGAGGCUGGAGUCUUCACUCUGUCUCUCUUUGGUCCCAUUCAGUGGCGUUGAAGGGACACCAGCCAGUUGUAAACUCUGCCCUGUUGAUAAAUGUGUACAUUUGUAAUUACAGGCUAGCUAGAGAAAAAUCACUGAUUUGCUGUUAACUUAUAUAUUCGAGUCCAGUGUGGUACAGUCAUCUGUACAUAUCAGAGCUGCAGAAGGAAAUCCCACUCAUCCCAGUGUCUAGGAAAAUGCAGACUAAGAUACAGAAGCCCCGUGAUGUCUGAUGCACAUUUUUCUCAGGUAGAUUCAGCAUGUUAACAUUGUUUGUGAUCCUUAAAUACUGCUUAAAGAGUUGUGGUCCCCUGGUUACUACCACUUUCUCUAUCUAACAUCCCCUGUCAUUUUUUUAAAACUUUAUUUUACUUUAAGAAAGCAUCACCCUACCUCAUGAAAUCCUUGUCAAGUUUUCCUGGCAUGAGAAAAAUCAACCUGAUAAAUUGAUGAACAUAUUGAAGCUGAGGAUGGGAGCUUGAUGGGGUCUGUGUCCUGGGUGUUUGCUCUUUGAAGGAGAGGCCUGGACAUGGCAGUACCAGUCCAAUGAGAGGGAUCCAAGCACCAGCCUCGGGCCAGGGGGGAAAGCAGAUAAUCUCGAGAAAAGAGGAUUUUCUGGCUUUCUUGAAAGUGUUCAUUGUCAGUUCCUUGUGUUUGAGAUUUCAUUUAUUUUGGCAUUUCCUGUGCCUGGACUAUCUUAGCCACUCAGUAAUGUUUGUGGACAUAAUGGAUGACAUGUGUAUUUGUUAAUAAAUGCUUGUUUUCUUUUUGGGC